AAUAAUAAACAGCCCUGUAUUUGUGACACAUUCACCCGUAUGACUCCAAUAUCCUGCGCAUUUUUCUAAAAUAUAGUCAUUAUUAUUACUUUAAAGACAACUUUAUUUUAUCAAUGUUAACAACUUACAUGUUAACCCAUAACUUACAGCUGAACGAUUCUGCAGAACCCCCGAGUCAAAAGGGAACGUGCAGUCCAGCAUGAUUCAGUUUUACCGUAAACCACCAAAUACACACGGAUCCAUGAAGUCGUGCCAAUUUCAGACGUCAAAUGCUUACAUCAGAGACAAAUAGAAACACCCUUUAUCUGACAUAAAGAGUCGCUUGUUUUUAAUAUGGAGGCGGAUAUUUUCGUCAAGUAAGGACUAGAUGAGAUUAUGUUCGUUUGCGAUGUGCUUGGGAAUGCGGAUGCGCAGCUAUCAGAAGGGUUGCGGGUGCGUGUGGAAAGUGUCGAGAAGGGUCUUCUGUACGUGGCAGCCACUAAAGAAUCACUGCAAGACCAUCUGAAACAUAGCGGACGAGUGUUUAUUAAACUCCUGUAGUAGAGCUGUCCCCUCACAUGGUCCUUUCAAACCAAAAUUAAUAAUAAAUUUGAGCCGUUUUUACAUUAAGGUUUUUCUCAACCAUGGCGGCAUUUCUGGUGUUUCUGCUGUCGACUCUGAGCUUCUCUUCUCCCACGCGUGCAGAAAUCUUUACCUCAAUUGGCCAAAUGACCAACCUCAUAUUCACCGAGCGGGAACUUGUCCAGUCCCUGAAAGAAUACAUUCAAGCAGAGGAGCAGAAGCUUGAAACUGUCAGGAGCUGGGCUAAUAAACUGGAUAAGUUGACGCGUACAUCCACAUCAGAUCCUGAAGGCUUCCUGGCUCACCCGGUGAACGCUUAUAAACUGAUGAAGAGACUCAACACAGAGUGGUCCGAGUUAGAGAGCCUGGUGCUUCAGGACCCGUCUGAUGGCUUCAUCUCCAACAUGUCGGUGCACAGACAGUAUUUCCCAGAUGAGGAGGAUGAGAAGGGAGCAGCCAAAGCUCUUCUGCGUCUGCAGGACACCUAUAAACUGGACGCAGAGAGUUUCUCCAAAGGCAAACUGCCAGGUCAGAGGCAGCACUCGGGAGUGCGUUACAAUGCUCUGCUGACGGUGGACGACUGCUUCGACAUGGGGAAAAUGGCCUACAACGACAACGACUACUAUCAUUCAGUGCUGUGGAUGCAGCAGUCGCUCAGACAGAUGGACUCUGGAGAAGAAGCCAAAACACCGAAAGCAGAUGUGCUGGAUUAUCUCAGUUACUCUGUCUAUCAGAUGGGGGAUCUGCCACGAGCCAUCGAGCUUACCAGACGCCUGCUAGCCAUCGACCCGAGCCACCAGAGGGCAGGAGGCAACCUGCGCUACUUUGAGCGUCUGCUGUCUAAAGAGCUGCAAGACUCAGGGCAGACCCAGCCGGAGCCUGCAGACGAGAGACCCAUUCAACUGGACACGUACCAGCGGCCUAAAGACUACCUUCCUGAGAGAGAGGCGUACGAAGCCCUGUGCCGGGGGGAGGGCGUCAAAAUGACUACUAAGAGGCAGAGCCGGCUGUUCUGUCGCUAUCGUGAUGGAAACCGAAAUCCCCGUCUGCUGCUGAAGCCCAUGAAGGAGGAGGAUGAGUGGGACAGUCCUCACAUCGUGCGCUUUCUGGAGGCACUUUCAGAUGAAGAGAUCCAGAAGAUCAAGGAGAUCGCCACACCCAAGCUUGCGAGGGCCACAGUGAGAGAUCCCAAAACAGGAGUUCUGACCGUCGCACAUUAUAGAGUCUCCAAAAGUGCGUGGCUGGAAGGAGAAGAUGACCCAGUGAUCGCACGAGUCAAUCAGAGAAUAGAGGACAUCACUGGGUUAACUGUGGAUACUGCCGAACUACUACAGGUUGCGAACUACGGCGUCGGGGGUCAAUAUGAACCACAUUUUGAUUUCUCCAGGAAAGAUGAACCUGAUGCUUUCAAAUCAUUAGGCACCGGAAAUCGCGUGGCUACUUAUUUAAAUUAUAUGAGUGAUGUUGAAGCCGGCGGAGCGACUGUUUUCCCUGACUUUGGUGCUUCUGUUUGGCCCAGAAAGGGAACAGCAGUGUUCUGGUACAAUCUCUUCAGAAGUGGAGAAGGAGACUACAGGACAAGACAUGCAGCCUGUCCUGUGCUAGUAGGCAGUAAAUGGGUUUCAAACAAGUGGAUCCACGAGCGAGGGCAGGAGUUCAGACGGCCGUGUGGCCUGACAGAAGUGGACUGAUCAGGGAUGAUGAACGCAGUAUAUUACCCACAGUGCCUUGACUCUGCACACACACAGAGAUAAUCACACUCUCCACAUUCAUCCAUACGUGAUGUCCGUGAGGGAUUUCAGGCUUUAUUUUGUGUGUUUGCAUUCUCCAGUCAGGUUCACCCGGGGAAUCGUGUCAUUGUUUAUGUAAUGCUUAAAUUAUUGUCCUGUUCUAGUGUUUAUUUUAUAUUCAUGUAUGAUUUGCAAUAAAAAUAUAGGAAAUUA